GGUUUAUUAAAUAAUUACAGUGAUUCCAUUCCAGUCCAGUUACCGUCAAACUUACAGUGAGAGAGAAUUUUUGAUUACUGUGGAAUCUUGUGAUGAUAAAAUUCAAAUUACUAUGAAAACAAUUGUAUGUAAGAAACAAUUCAGUCAGAGAAAUGAGGGAAAUGGGAUCUUGCAAAGAUUUUGAUUCCAUGGAAAUAUCUAAACUAGUUUCACCAUUUGUAGACCAUGCGACAUGUUUAGAUUGUUGCAAGUUAUACAUAGCUCCUGAAACUGCCAGUUGUGGCCACACAUCAUGUCAUGCCUGCUGGCGAAAACGCAAAUCUUGUGUAUGGUGUGCAGCACCUCUUGACCGCAGCUCACUUAAACUCAAUGUCCCCAUUCAAAUCAUCACAGAACAUGUACAUACUAUGUGUGAAUUGUUUGAGAAGGUCUUCAAAUUCAAAGUUGAUACAUUUUCAAUAGGUGAUGGAUUAAGUUCUCAAUUGGAUUCUGAACCAGAUCCUACCAAAGAUGUGAGGAACUGGUUGGCUAGUUCUCAAAACCAAUUUUCAGCACCCAUCAGUUUUGAGUCUACACAAGAUAAUGUAGAACAUCUCGUUAGUACAGUGCAAGUGCACAGUCAUGCCAAAAAGGUUUUGUCACCUAAAAAAAUUGUCCUUAAACAAGUAGCUCAAGAUGACUGGGAAAAAAUUGAGCAAAUUCCUGAUACAGAAGACCUUGUUUAUCAAAACAAAGGUGGUGAUGAAAAUAAUAGAUAUUCAGUUGAACAUCCCCGUCGAAGUUCAAGGAAAACAGAAUUGAAACCUGAUAUACAUAUUACAAAAAAUCUAGAUUCUUCAAAAGAUAAAUGUAGUUCAAAGAACUCUAGCUCUGAAAUUGAAAGUAAAACUGUGAAAAGCAACCAAAAAUGGAAUAACGUGAAAAAAAUGAGAAAAGAGUUUAGUAAAUUAAACAAGCAGAAUAGAAAUAAACUUAAUGUUUCAAUAGAAAUGUGCAAGAAAAACAAAGUAAUAGAUACUAAAACAAGUUGUAAUGCAGUUGAUCCAAAUUCUGAGCAGUUGAUUGAUAUUGAGGAUAAUACUCCUUGUGGUGAUCCCAAAAAAAAUGCAAAGAGCCAUAGUCACAGCAGUGUUAAAGAUAUGGAUAUAAGUUUGAAUUAUCAUGAAUAUAAUAGUAUGAAUAAAAACAGUACAAAUAAAUCACUAUUAGAUAAUGCACUAAAGCUGGAUUCUAACCACAUCCAUGAUAUGAAAGUUACGAAACCUUAUACCAAUAAUACUCAAAAUGUAAAAGAGAAUAAUAUCAGGUUAUGCAACAGUCAAAAUGAUUCAGCUAAUGGUAAGGCAGAAAAUUUGUCGAAAAUGCCUUUUUACAAAAGAAGUAGAUUGCACGUUGAAACAGAAAGGGAAAUUAAACACAAUGUACAAACUUUAAAUUAUAAUAUUGAUUGCAGUAAUAAUGCGAAUGCCGAUGAUAUUGAGAUAACGAUAAAAAUUGGAGAUACUGUAGCCAAUAUCAUUUUUAAAAGAAAGAAAGAUGGACCACCCAAAAAUAAUGUUAAUCAAGAAAUUCAAACAUCCAUCGGCAUUCAUACAUUAGAAAAUUUAACAAAUACUAAUGAGCAAAAUUUACAAAACAAUGAAGAAAUUGUAGAAAAAAGUCAGAGUAAAACAGUUGAAGAUAACAACAAAGCUACCACCUCUAAUUAUAUAGUUGAAUCAGAAAAACGAAAUAAAUCAGUAUCUACUAAAAAAAAUACUGCAUCUGCAGAAACUGUUACUGCACAGUUUGAAAUAACUGAUAGUGUUGAGAAAGAACUAUCCAGUAUUAUGGAAUUUCAAGAACAGGAAUCAUGUAAAAAACAAAAUUCAAAAAUUUUGUAUACAAUGGGCGCAAGAAUCAAUAAAAAGAUUAGUCAAAUGUGUACACAGCCAAAAAGACAAGUUUCUCCAAAUGUCCAAUCAAACAAUGAUGAAAUUGAAAUUCCUGAUUCAAGGCGAAAACCAACAAGUCAGCCUAUGGACUCAGACAUAUUUGAAAGUGGUUCUGUUCAAGAUUCAAACAUUCAUAUGCUCAAAAAUGUAAAAAAUAUUCCUUCAGAGAUUUUAAUGCCCACAGUCAAAAGCACUAAAACCAAUACAAUAAAAAAAGCUGAAAAACGUAACAGAGAGAUGAAUGAUGACAUUGACUAUAACAGUAAAAAACCAAAAGUUACACAAGAUGCAUCAAAAGAAGAUGAAAUUGUUGCACUUGAUAAAUCUUUACAGAAAGAAUUUCCACAGGAUAGUGAGGGUAUAAAUUAUGAUGCUAUUAUGGGACAAGUUUUCGCUAAUAUUGAUGCUGAUAUUCACAACAGUCAAAAAGAGACAUUGAUAAAUGACAUACAACCACUGAAAGAGUCAGCUGUUAAAGAACAACAGGAAACUGUAGUUCUUGCCCCUGAAAAAACAGCUGAAGUAUUAAUAAAUAUUGAAGAUUCCAUCAGUGACAAUGUAGUUGCACCUGAAAGACACAGCGAGAAUGUUUUUACCAUUAUUGAUAAAGAAAAUGAUAGCAAUGAAAUUUUUGAAGAUAAGAAUCAGAAUUCUAAAGCAAUUGAACAAUCAUCAGAAAAUUUUACACCCGAAAUCUAUAUAGAAGAAGGAGAUAAGCUAUUUACUCCACAUGAGAAUAUUGAUGAUGAUGAUAAAAGUGUAGUGGAGGAAACCCCACAGAAGAAUGUUUCGUUCACAAAACCAAAGAGUAAAACAGAAAAUGCACAACAAAAUUUCAAUAAACAGACCAGUAAUAAUGAAUCUCAAGUCAAAAGCGUAGUUGAUGUGUCAGACUCUGAUAGCUCAAGUAAGGUUGGUAAGGAGGUGACUAUUAUUGACAUUGCAAGAAAACAGACAGAAACGCCUCUCACAAUCAACAGAUUCGUCGACGAAAUCAAGCAUAAAUCUACUCCGGUAGCAAGGAAAUCGUUGAAUUUCGAAAACGAUGAUGACGAUCCAGAACAAACACUGUGUCCCACUACGGAGCCAGCGAAAACUACGCAAGAGAAGGAAUUCAUGUCGAGAGCAUUUGAAAAUACUCCUAAAUCGCAAAUAAGGAAGCCUCUUGUGGCAAGCAAUGUUUCACUUGAUAAACCCUAUUGUUUAGCUGGUUCGUGUUUGUCGUCAAUGGAACUGAUGAAAGUAAAGUUGUUAUGUCGGCAGAACAACUGGAAAUACAUUGACAAAUACACAAAUGAGCUGACUCAUUUAGUAGUCGGUGUCGAUGACGAGAACAAAUCGCAAAGAUCUGUCAAAUACAUGUGUGCACUGGCAGCUUCCAAAUGGAUAAUUUCAUUUAAAUGGAUAGAAGUGUGCCUUUCAACAAAUAAGGUUGUCAAUGAAGAAUUUUUUGAAGCUCUGGACGGCACCGGUGAGCCGGGACCGAAACGUUCCAGAAUCGCCAAGAAGAAAUUAUUCGAGGGCAUCUCUUUUUAUUGUAUGCCACCUUUUAGUGUAUUAGACGUCGCCACGUUAAAGAUUAUGUUAGAAGCGGCGGGCGGGACCGUGGUGGAAGACGUGAUGAGUGUCCGCGCUAGUGAGAGUCCCGCUUUGUUGUUAGCCGAACCUGAGGACACGCAGGAGAACAAGUUUAUAUACAUGGCAGUGGAGCUGAGCCUGGUGCCGGUUAAUUACGAGUGGGUGCUGAACUGCCUGGGCAGUUACUCUUUGUGUUCCAUCCACGAGCUGCUGCUAUGUCCAGCUGCUUUGUUACCAGCCGCUGCUACGAAGUGGCCUCAAACCCUCGUUUCUCAGGACGACUGAUGACAUCACAUUCAUAGUUUACAUACAAUCAUAUAAUACAGAGUGUGGCAACUUAGAACGCGACUUCUAAACGUAUAAGUGAAUCGGCCUUUCAAGUCACUGUUUACAAAACUACAAUCAUCUUUUCAAUUAUUAGCCGCAAUUAAUCAAUGAAUGAUACCAAGUCUUGCGAUUAAAAUAGCAGGAAGCAAAAAACUGCUAGACUGUGGUCUAUGGGAAGAAAAUGUUUUAUGAUUGCGACAACCUAAAGCGCAACUUAGAUUGCAGGAAGUCGCUGGUUCAGGCUGGUCCCAACUAGUCAAAGUGAAAAUGUAAGCCUUAAUAUUCGGCAGUGGUCUUCAUGCGGCUGAAAUGUUAAUUUUUUAUGGGACAUUCGAACAAUAAAAAACUUUAUUCUUUCGACUAUAGAACACUGUUUUAAUGUUCAUAAUGUCGUGUGAUGUCUUAUCUCUCGCCAAAUUUAAUGGGAGUAUGAAAAACAAUAAUAUUUUCACGUUUCUGACCUGCUUGUUGUUUGACCUUUCUAAGGUUAUCAAAAUCACUACUCACGUUGCUGUGAGGGUCGUGAUCUCUAUUAUGAUUAAGUUUUGAAUUAAAUAUACUUAUUUUUAGUUUUAGCAUAACAUUUUAAUUAUCUCUACAACUUACAUCAACAAACCGUACCUAUGACAGUGCAAAAGUUUUUCAUAAUUUAUGACUUGAUGAGUCAAUCGUAAGAUUAGCUAUUCAAUGAAUCUCGGUUAUUGUAAAAAAAAAAUAUUUUCUUAAGUGUGUCCUACAGAUAUAGAAUUAUUAGAGUAGGUACCUAUUGCAAUUCCAGCAUUAAAGGUAGUCUUAAAUUGAAAGUCUGAUAUACUUAUAAAUAAAAUCAGACCAAGUGCGCUUCGAAUUAGAACACUGAGGGUAUGCAAACUAUUAAUGUACCGAAAUUAUAAAUAAAUCGACAAUAACGAGAAUAGCAAUUUGGUGAUAACUGUAAUCCAAAAAGUAAACUGUAACCUUUACCCUAAACUGCAAAUAAUAUAAAAAUAGCUAAUUUUCACGCAUAUUGACAAGGCAUAUAAAUUUUCUCUCUCCUUCUAACUUCUGUAAACCUCUGCGUUAGAGAGAGAAGAUAAGAUUCAAUUAGUGACACGUUGCUAGCCCAUCGCCUAAAAGAUUUAUCCUAAGUUUAUAAGCCUAUCCCUUAGUCGCCUUGUACGACAUCCAUAGGAAAGAGAUAGAGUGGUGGUAUUCUUUUUCUAUUGGUGCCGGUGGUCAAAUGUAAAACACUGCACUAUAUUAAAGGAAACAAAAAAAAUUACAAUAAUAUUAAAUCUAAUGUUUUCAUUUAACAAAAAAUGUCAUGACAACCUAUGUUAUGUAUGCAUGUUAUGAGAGGAACUAAAUAUGUCAAUAUUAUAAAUAAUAAAAUAUGUACAAAUAAAGUAGGCUGCCUACAGUAUUGUAAUGUAUAAUAUAUUUAUAAUAAUUCUGUUAUUAUAUAUUUUGGUGAAAUAA